CACAGCACUUGCGCUUCAUCACUUCAUCAGUUUCGCCGCUUAUGCCUUUCGUUUCUUCACUUGGUGGAUCAGGCUUCACGAAAUCGCCUUCUGACAAAAAAAUCAUGUAGGACAAGUGUGAGUGUCAGUUGAAAACACUUGUUGUUUCGUUCUUGGAGUAUCUCCACUACCUCUUCACCCACGUAUUGCUUUUUUCUGCCGUGUCACGAUUUCUCAAACGGAGAAGCAAGUGGGCUUAGCGGCUGCUGGGAACAAUGCAGCAACGCGUCUACCACUUUACCGGUCACCUCCCAUAGCUGCACUUUGCGCGAGCACGACCAGAAGAACUGCUUGUUCUUAUCCCAGAGACAAGGAAAUAAGGUUCCCGACCAACAAGAGUUAAUUUCUUCCGUCAUCCAGCCUUGAAAAUGAACACACCGCCGUUCUACAAGCUGCACACCCGCACGGGCUAUCAAAUGUAAAAAUGUCUGGGUCUGGAAACUUGUAAUGCUAAAAAUGAAUGAUAGACGCACUGCAACAAGCAGCUAUGCAUGACAAAUUUUUUGGCUGCCAUGUCUUACGUAUUCCGCAUGGCAAACUGCGUUUUUGCAUGACAGAUAAGAGGACUUUUUCGUGCCUAUGCAACACAGAUUCUCGAGUCAUGCCAGACAAGCAUGACAAACUUGCAUUCUUCCAGACCCAGACAUUUUUGCAAUCCAUACGGGCGGUGCGCCACCACCGGUGAUAGACAAGCAGAACUACUUCCCGAGUUCCUCUUCUACGUCUUUAGCCGCACCAAACUUGGACACCGAGCCGGGAAUCACAGGAACUUCUGAAGUAGAACAGACACCGCAGCCCAUGGUUUCUACGAGUUUGAUGCAACCGCCUAAUUUACUAGCGCAGUGGGCGAAGCGCUCGCACUUAACUUGCUACCACCAGUACGACCACCAGGGGAUCUGCCACCCCAGUAGGUGGAUCCAGGGGACGAGCAACACCUCGGAGGAUGCAGCCCUCAAGAAACAAACAGAGGGGGAAUUCUGCAGCAACCAUCCUCUGCCUCCUGACCGGUCGGGAGCAGCAGGUACUGAUGGCUUCAGCUCCUCCACCGGGGAAAAUAAAGUUUCAAACAACCCCGACGAGGACAACGACGAAGCUCUUGCCGGGGGUUCUGAUGAACCGGAGGACGAUGCCGUACUUAUCGACCUCUACGACUACGGGCACAAGGCGAAGAUCGGAAUUUCCAAGAACAAGCGGGCCGAACAGCAGGACGCUUUUUUUAUCUUCCAGGACGGCGAAGAGCACUACUUCGGCGUGAUCGACGGCCACGGCCCGGAGGGCGGCUGGGUCGCCGCGGAGCUCCAGAACAAGGUGCCAGAGUUUUUGCGCAGUUGCGACGGGGACAUGUUUCGGGCGUUUGAGGCGACGGAGGCGUAUUUAGCGGAGGACAGCCGGAGCUACUGCAGCGGCGCCGCCAUCGCCGUGGUGCACGUGAAUCCGGAGGUUGGUGCUUCUAUUUUGUUCUUGAGGCCAAUAUCGCAGAAUGAUUCAAGUCAUGUUUUCCGUAGUACCAUCAUAUCUGCACGUUGGAUGUAGACCCUGAACGGCAAGGGUUAGGGUGACCAACUGAAAUACGUAGUUUCUCUACACUUCAACUCGCUCAACGAUAGAUGUAAACCGCAUGACGAUCAAAAUUGACUGUUACGCAACAUGAAGAAAAAAACAAUAUUCAGAUCGUCGAGUGCUGGCACCUUGGGGACUGUCGAGUUUUGUUUAUCAACUGUAAAAAUGUCUGGGUCUGGAUCUGGAAGAAUUCAUGUUUGUCAUGCUUGUCUGGCAUGACUCUUAAAUCUGUCAUGCACGUUACCCAAGAGCUCCGUUUUUCUGUGAUGCAGAAGCGCAGUUUGUCGCGCGGAAUAGGCAACACCGAGGAGCUCAGAAACUUGUCAUGCUGGGCCAGCAUUUGGAGCCUCAUCAUGAGACGCCACCCAGCAUCACAAGUUUCCAGACCCAGACAUUUUUACAUUUGAUAUUGUUUGGCUCCCGUCCGUUGACGGAUGACCACUCCGUGCGGAACCUCAGCUUCCAUAUGCAAGAAAAAAACUGUGUAAGUGUAACUUUGUAAUGCAGAAGAUGCAACAGAGUUACACCUGUCAUGCCAGACAACCAUGGCGCCCUCUUUUUAUGUGUUUUUUCCCUUACAAGCCACGCAUGAAGUCAUGUAGAGCAAAUUUGUGAUGCUGUCAGCCACAGAUAGUCACACUAACACAGUUUUUUUCUUGGAUAUUCCAGGAACGCAUGUCACUGUCCACAAAAAGUAUAAUCGUGUGUUACUAAUUCUUGGUAGUGAAUUUCUUCGACUAGAUAUUUGGGCGGAAUAGAUCAAAAAUAGAUUGGCCGCCAAGCUACGAGCAUAGCGCGGCGCCUGGAAAAGAGAUUGCUCCGGCCCGCGAAAGUUGGCCCAAACACCACGGCACUCUCUUACCUGGGCUGUCAGGUUUUGGGGCCAGGUAACUAAGAGAGCAGCGCGGUGCUUGUGAUGCGAAAACGUCUUGGCCCGGGAAGGUGGCCAGAUAAGGAGGGUGAUCUUGAAGCACAAGCAGCACGCUGUGCUCUUACCGGGGCCUCUAGGCUCUGAGGCCCGGUAAGAGCAUAGCGUGGCGCUUGGAAAAAAGACCGCAUCGGCCCAAAAAAAAUUCGUCCAAACACCACGGCACUCUCUUACCUGGGUUGCCGGGUUUUGGGGCCAGGUAAGAGAGCAGCGUGGUGUUUGGGAUGCGAAAAUGUCCUGGCCUGAAGAGCGGAGGUGGCCAGAUGAAAGAGACACCCUUGAAGCACAAGGCCGCGCUGUGCUCUUACCUGGGCCUCCAGACUUUGAGGCCCGGUAAGAGCAUAGCAUGGCGCUUGGAAGGAAAAAGACCGCGUCGGCCCAAAAAAAGUUGGCCCAAACACCACGGCACUCUUUUACCUGGCCUGCCAAGUUUUGGCGCCAGGUAAGAGCAUAGCGUGGCGCUUGAAAGGAAAAAAGGCCCCGUUGGCCCAAAAAAAGUUGGCCCAAACACCAGGGCACUCUCUUACCUGGCGUUCCAAGUUUUGGGGCCAGGUAAGAGAGCAACGCUUUGUUUGGCUCCCGUCCAUUGACGGAUGACCACUCCGUGCGGAACCUCAGCUUCCAGGAACGCAUGUCGCUGUCCACAAAAAGUAUUGUCUGCUACUAGUGUAGUUUUUCCAGCAUGUCGUGAAAGUGACAUCUACGUUUGUUAGGUGUGCGUGAUUCAGAUUCUCCAAGCUGCGUAUUCUCGUUGGUUUAUCCGUUUGUGAAGAUGAUGAUUAGUAGAAUUUUUUCUUUCCCAAAAACAAUCCAGCCGGCGCCCGCUUUCUCUCCGGAAACACGCGCGUGACGCUCUCCGGCGCUCCGGGUUCGCUGGAGUUGAUGAGGUGCUUUGGGGACCGCUGGGGCAAGGAGACCGGUCUGUUUUCCGCGAUUCCGGACCACAUCAGAGUAACGAGACCGGAAGCUCUGUCCGAGCAGGGAAACCACGACCAGAAGGUGUCGCCGGACAUCCUGGUCGCCAGUGACGGUGUGUUCGGUGUACUGGACAACGUGGAGGUGUGUGAGGAGCUACAGCGCACCAAAGCCAGGUCGCAGGAAGAGGCUGCAGCGAGCGGGGGUAAGGGUUUUUCUUGUAGCUUCUCAACAAAAAUGGUCGUGCAUUGAUCAUGUCUACGUGAUGUCACAGCUGGCGAAUGAAUUCUUGCGAGACAGAAAAAAGUAAGUUUUGACGUCGUCGUCCUCUAAGACAGCACAUUGAUAAUUAUCAACAGCCACCACGAAUCCGGUCGAGGCGGUGAUGCGGCGAGCCAUCGAGCAGCGGUCGACAGACAACAUCACUUGCGUUGGUAUUUUUACCCGGAAGAUAAGGAGGAGAGCAAGUAGCCGCCGAAAAGAGGCCGGUCUUGCUGGAACCUCAAAUCGAAGCGACACCAACGUCGCAUCAAACGCCACCGCAGCAGCAGCAGCACCACCACCACUGAACGUAGAUCCAACUGGGGCCAGGACCACCGACAAAGAUGAAAGUAACCGGAAAAUGAAUGAUGGAGCUCGUCUUGGGGCGAGAUCCUCCAACCCCGUUGCGCCAACGACGACGGAAGUAAGCGGAAAUGGUUCCUCCUUGUUGCCCCCGAGGUCAUUCGACUUUUCGGUCGGUGACCUUCGUGACAAACGACAGUCGCGGGAGGAUGGCGCACGAACGCAUGCCACCGCCGCUUUUAGCGCAGCAGCGCUACGCGGCAGAGGGCUCCGGGCGUGACAAGUUGUCAUUUGUUGACUUCGGACUGUGGCUUUUUUGUUUCCAGCAGGCGGAAUAAUCGCAGGGAGUUCUGCAGGCUCGUCCUGUUUGUUGCCGACGAGCAGAUCCGGUUUCAUCUCUGAUCAACACAUUCCUUGCGGCGAAGCAGCGAGGUGUUGUAGAAGAACUACCAACUAUCUAAUCCUACUUGAGAGAGCUUGAGUGCGAAAGACAGAAAAAAAGUGCACGUGCUUCGCUUUUGUACUAAGAUUUUGCUUUUGUACCAAGGUAGUUGUCACUAUCACACACGCUGUGUCAGAAACAGCACUUGUAUCUAUCAAAUGUGAAAAUAAAUAGUGCUAGAAGGAAUUACCAUUGCAAUUUGUAUGAUGAUCUUGAACUCUUUCGCCUGCAACUGUUGUGCCUACUCCUAUCAAUGUACUUCUGGAGUUUUGUACUGAUGGCUGAAGAACUUGAGACCACAGUUUGUUCGCGUUUUCUAUCGACUGACUGGAUGCAGACAAUUUCGUACAAUCAGUUCACUUUGUGAACUUGCCCAUGAAAAUAGAUUCUCGUCCUCCAGUAGAGCUUUGCAUAUUGUAGAAUUGCGCGGCUAGACAUCAGACGAAAAAUAAAAAUUGUAGCAGUCAUCUGCGAAAAAUCGAGACGUUGCAGCGCAUUCCUUGUGCAUAAGUCACUGCUCUUUUUCAGUAUUUUACCCUCCUCUUCUACUAUUUCGACAUAGAUUAGCAAGCCGUUUUAGGCAAUUUUCAACUUGCAUUCAAAAAUUACAAAUGAUCACAACUGGAAAUAAAGUAGUUUGGGGAACUGUUUCAAUCAUGAAAGUGCCAUUCUCGGGGAGUUACUGUUAGUAUGAAUCAACAGCCUCCUCAUGAUCUUUCUUGCGUUUUCAACGUCAAGUAGAGCUACUUGGGAAGGUCGACGAUGCUGUGGAACAAUGGUGCGUUGCAUGUGCCUCGUCAACCGGAAGCAUUGCGAUCAUGUGUAGCCGUAUUCACUAGAAGGAUAGACAGCCCGAAGGCGAAGUGCAGUCUGUUGUGCUUCGUAGUGGUCAGCUUUUUUAUGGGGGGCAUUGCGAUAAUUAUUGCGAUACUAGUUUGUUUCAUCUGAAUGCAUUGUCGACAAGACGAGGAAGUGGCUGAAUCGAUUGGUUACCUCGUCAUCAACGAUUGGGUGCAAUAUCAUUUUCCGUUCUUUUACUUUUUUCCAUUUCUUUAGAGUAGUUUUACUGACUUGCCGGCGUUCGUCGCUGCAUAGGGUCUACUCAUGCGUGAUUACGCUUGGGGCGCAGUGGAUAAAUGGUCUUCUGAACAAAAGAGCUGUCCUGAAUAAUGAAAAACAGAGGUGUACACGUUUCGGCGCAUCUUCAUGCGGGACAACUACGGACGGAAGGAAAUUGAACUGUUUUGUGGUCAUCACAACAAAGAAACUUCUUGUCGUGCUGGUUUUUCGUUUGCCUAGCCAUAAGUAUUCCACCACAGUAUAGGUUACUAGAUGGUUCUAGUUGCUCUUGCACAGAAAAGUUUUUUGUCAUCUGCAAAUUCGAAUGGGACAACGCGACCUUUUCCUCCUGUCAGACAAUGCUGCCUGGUUCAACACCAGGCGAAGUGAGCUACUCAAUACGAUUUUUGUCACGGAAGAAAUGUACAGAACUCACUCCUGUAGAAAUCUCAACUGAGACUGAU